UUAAUAGUGGCAGUGGUCGUCACCUUAAACGGUUUAAGUCGUAGAUCGUGAGAGUUAUAAACAUGUGUUGUUGCUGAAGUGUUUACCAACUGACAGUAGACGAUGGUUUUACCGCCUCCACACUCUUAAGCUUACUAAACUGCAGAAACUUCAAGGAUGAGAGAGUCUCUACUAUCCCUAUUGUGGGCUUUCUGUACCCUACUGUUAUUGACUGGGGAAGUACGAGGGCAGGCCAAAGUGAAGCCCGUCACCACACACCUUUCAGCAAAAUGGACUCAUACUCCACUGUUGUUGGAGGCUACAGAAUAUAUGAGAGAGGAAAGCACAGCUUCAUUUUGGAGUUUUGCGGAAGCUAUUUCUCAAACAGAUCCAGUACUAUACAGAGAUGGAAGUGAUAAGGAAAUAUUUGCGGAGACACUCUCAGUGGCAGGACAGUUCCUCUCUGCCUCUCAGCUUCGUAUAUUAAAGCUCAGCUUAUCAUUGCGAGCGUAUUCUCCAAAGAUUGAAAUGUUCAGUCAGAUAGCUCGUGACAGAGGUCUUCCAAGUCCUGAGAAUUGUGGAGCAGCAGUGGAUGUUAAUGGUGAGGUGACGUGUGACAUUGAGACAAUGAGACAACUUGUGGAGAAGGGAACUGGAACAAAACCCAUCACAUAUGAAGUUGAUCAUCAUUAUCCCGGUGGAGAAAAUGCCAAGGUUGGGGUGGUGCUGUACUGUGAAUUAGGAUCAGUCGAGUUCCAGCAGUUCCAUCAAAUCCUGAAGGAGCUUGUGAGUGCUGGAAAAAUUGAUUACAUUCUUCGUCACAGAGUUAAAAAUCGGUCGUCCAAGAAAGUUCGAUUGAGUGGGUAUGGAGUAGAGCUGGCGAUCAAGAGUACUGAGUACAAGGCUCAAGAUGACACCAAAGUUCAGGAAGAUGAAGAGAGGCAUGAAGAGGAUGAAGAACAGGAGGUGGAGGUUGAGGGCUUCCUGUUCUCAAAAUUAGAGUCUCUCCACCCUGAAAAAGAGGAGGAAUUGAAUCAACUUAGGAAACAUCUGGAGGAGUCACGCCAUGAAAUGGCUCCAAUGAAAGUUUGGCAAUUGCAACACUUGAGUAUGCAAGCUGCACAGCGCAUCAUGUCAGCUCCCCAAGAUCAACAGCUUGGUCUCUUUGUUCACACUGCACAGAACUUCCCAAUGCUUGCUCGCUCACUUGUUAGGAUAAAAGUAGAUGAGAAGAUGAAGCGUGAGAUCCUGAAGAACCAGAACCAGAUGAGCCAGCAUAUGGAAGUGAACCCCUCAGAUGCUGCACUAUUUAUCAAUGGGAUGCACCUUGACAUGGAUUUCACCAAUAUAUUCACACUACUCGAUCACAUCCGUAGUGAAGAGCGAGUAAUGGGAGGUCUUCAUAAACUUGGUGUGACUGGAGAAUCUUUGAGCACUUUGCUGCAAUUGGACGUCAGUGAAAGUACCCAAGAAUAUGGUAUUGAUAUCCGGGACUCAGCCAUUAUGUGGAUGAAUAAUAUUGAAACUGAUAAAGCCUACCGCAAGUGGCCAUCAACAAUAGGAGAACUACUUAGGCCGACAUACCCUGGCAUGCUGCGCAGUAUCAAGAAAAAUCUCCACAACCUGGUUAUCGUAGCUGAUCCAGUUAAGUCGACCACAGCUGAUUUAAUACGAUUGGUUGAAAGCUUCGUAACACACAGUGCACCCGUUCGUGUUGGUUUAGUUAUGUCUGUGAACCCAGAGGAGUCCUUGAGGGGCUAUGAUGAUGCUGGGUUAGCUAUGCUGUGUGCCUUCAACUAUGUGGCUGAGAACAUGGCUGGUCGGGAAGAUUCAAACUACAAAGCAUUGCAGUUCUUGAUUGAGGUUUAUUCCAGCACUCAGGAGGAUGUAACUGUUACUGAUGUUACUAACAUGUUCAAGAGCAAGUACCCAAGUAUUGACCUUGAUGAUGUGUUUGAUGAAGACUCAGAUUAUGAUGUGGGUCGGAUGCUUGCUCAAGAUUUUGUUGAGAAGGCAGGAAUCACUAACUUACCUCAGGCCCUGAUGAAUGGUGUUCCCUUACCAGAAAAACACCUAAAUGUUGAUGAAUUUGAAGAAGUUGUAUUAAUGGAAGUGAUGAGAGCAACACAGUCAGUACAACGGGCCGUUUAUAAUGGAGAACUAACUAACUCCCAUGAUGUUGUUGAUUGGUUAAUGGCUCUCCCAAACAUUAUGCCAAGGUUGAAUGAGAGGAUCUUAAACACUAAGAGCUCUACAUACAUCGAUCUGACUGAUACCUCUGACAAGCUUCUUAAUGGCAUUUCUGUUGAAGCUUUCUCUACAUUUAAGUCCCCAGAGAUGAGUGCAAUCAUUGCUAACUCUUGUCAUUACAUAACCACCAAAAGUGAACCUGCUGUGCGUCCCUUGACCGUGUGGGUUGUUGGGGAUUUUGAUACCUAUGAAGGAAGAGAUCUGCUGCUUGAAGCUGUGAAAUAUUUGCGCGAGAGUAAUAGUGUUCGCCUGUGUGCCAUUCACAACAGAGAUACAGCUACUGAUACUACAAAAAUAUUUAGUCGAGCAGUAGAGGUAGCACAAGCCACCCUCUCUCCGGCUGUUGCUCGUCAGUUCUUAGCAAAGGUUUUGGCAAAGGAAAAUGCCAGAAAGAUACUAGAUGGAAGUAAGAAGUGGACUGACUAUGAAAUUUCAGGUUUGGACAUGGAAGCAUUCCAGUCUCGUUUAGCAUCAUUAAAAGAAGAUGUUUUUAAAAUUCAUUCUCUUUAUUGUAGAAAGGUGCUGUCAAUAGCUCCACGGAUACGCACAGUGGUUGCUAAUGGCCGAAUGCUUGGUACCCUCAAGAAAGAUGAGAAAUUUGUGCAAGAAGAUUUUGGUUUACUUGAAAAGUAUGUCCAGUCUACCUAUGGAGAGAAAAUUACCGAAGUCCUUGAUGGUCAAGGUGACAUAUUGCCUGGAGAUAUUAGUGACAUGUUGAUGAAGGUCACUGGUGUACUACAAACCAAGCCCCUUUCCAAGGGUCGGACUACUGUACCUCUCCGCUCAGAGCAAUACUCUGUUGUCAAAGUUCCUCCUAAGGAUCCAGAUGUGCCAGCGUUUGAUGUUGUGGUAAUAUGUGACCCAGUGUCCACUGCUGCCCAGAAGAUAGGCCCAAUCAUAAUGGUGCUUCAAGAAGUGAUCAAUGCCAAUAUUCGUAUUGUUCUCAAUUCCAGAGAAAAACACUCAGAAAUGCCACUGACGAGUUUCUACCGUUAUGUAUUGGAGCCUGAGCCACAGUUCUCGGAGGGUGGAGAAUUAACAGCUGGUCCCCAUGCUAGGUUUACUGGUCUUCCUGAAUCGCCAAUCCUCACUUUGAAUUACCACGCUCCAGAGAAUUGGUUGGUGGAGGUGGUCCAAUCUAUAUAUGACCUGGAUAACAUCAAGUUGGAGUCUGUAGAAGGUGGAGUUCACAGUGAGUUUGAGUUGGAACAUCUACUCCUGGAGGGACACUGCUUCGAACAGUCAUCAGGAAAUCCACCACGAGGCUUGCAGUUCACUCUUGGCAACAUACAACAGCCUGUUAUGGUUGAUACAAUUGUGAUGGCCAACUUGGGCUAUUUCCAAUUGAAGGCCAACCCUGGGGCGUGGUUACUCAGGCUGAGACAAGGACGUUCAUCUGAUAUUUAUUCCAUUGCUAGUCACGAGGGGACAGAUACCCCAACUGGCUCGGAAGAUGUGCAGAUUAUCCUGAGUAGCUUCAAAUCCCAUGUAGUCAAGGUGCGUGUUGCUAAGAAACCUGGCAAGCAAAAUGUGCAACUUUUGUCUGAUGAUAAUGAAGAAAGCGGAGGCCUCUGGAAUUCUAUCACAAGCAUGCCUGUUGUGGGGCCCAUAAUUGACGAGUGGCGUGGCCUGUUUGAGGAGUGUUAUUCCCUAGCUAAGUCUCUUUGGCUCAGCACCUUCAGCUCGAGUGGCGGAGUAGAGGAUGAAGAUGAGACGGUGAACAUUUUCUCCGUGGCAUCGGGACAUUUGUAUGAACGAUUCCUGCGCAUCAUGAUGGUCUCGGUGCUGCGGCAUACCAAAACUCCAGUCAAGUUCUGGUUUGUGAAGAAUUUCCUUUCUCCAAUCUUUAAGGAUAUACUUCCUCUGCUGGCAAAGGAAUAUGGAUUUGAAUAUGAGCUCGUCCAGUACAAGUGGCCUAGAUGGCUCCACCAGCAGACUGAGAAGCAGCGCAUUAUCUGGGGGUACAAGAUCCUCUUCCUUGACGUUCUCUUCCCUCUCGAUAUUAAGAAGAUCAUUUUUGUUGAUGCAGAUCAGAUUGUAAGAGCUGAUAUUAAAGACCUUAAUAAUGAAGACCUUGAUGGAGCUCCCUAUGGUUUUGUACCUUUCUGUGAUUCACGCAAGGAAAUUGAUGGAUUCAGAUUUUGGAAGCAAGGUUAUUGGCGCAACCACUUAGCUGGCCGGAAAUACCACAUCUCUGCACUUUUCGUUGUGGAUCUAAAGAAGUUCCGUCGCAUUGCUGCUGGUGACCGACUUAGAGGCCAAUACCAGGGUCUGUCACAGGACCCUAACUCACUCUCCAACUUAGAUCAGGAUCUUCCUAACAACAUGGUGCAUCAGGUGCGGAUAAAGUCCCUACCACAAGACUGGCUCUGGUGUGAGUCUUGGUGCGAUGACGAAUCCAAGAAGACUGCCAAGAUUAUUGACUUGUGCAACAAUCCCAUGACCAAAGAAGCCAAGCUGGAGGCUGCCCAGAGAAUCAUCGAUGAAUGGACUACAUAUGACAAUGAAAUAAAGACUACGAUACAAAAUUUUAAACAGAAUAAAUCAACACAAUCAGAAGAUUCUACUAGUCAUAAACCACACAUAGAACUAUGAUACUUGGAGGUGGCUGCACUAGGUAAUGUUUUGUAAGUAAAGUGUAUAGAUGUGUCCCGUUAAAUAUUUAUAAAAACCCGUUUUGUGUUUUCAAUGAGAUCAUCGUCUUCAUUAUGCUGAUGUAAUUAUUUAAUGAUGUACUGUAAUAAAUUUAUUUGUAUAAUGUUCUGUGUCAGUGCAUAAUUUUAAAUGUAAAGAUUAUCAAAGCUUAUAUGUUUAUGAAGGAGUUAUUUUCAUUGUGUAUACAUUCCUGCUUCCUAUUUAAAAAAUAUUAAAUGCACAUUGGACACCUGAGCACAAUCAUAACAGUUUGAGACCUUUGAAGAAAAAAACAAAUGUCUUUUUUUUACAAAAUAUAGACAAUAAACACUUUGCGAUUCA